AUGUUCAAUGCGCUGAAUCGCUUCAUCUCGCGCCUCGAUGGGGACACCCCGCAGCAGAGGCAACAGGAACGGGGAUCCUUUGGGUUCCAGGUGCUGCGGAACACGAACCUGGAACUGGCGGUCGAGCCCUGGUUCGACUUCAUCGUCGGAAUCAAUGGGAGACCCCUUGACAACUCGGAGCCGGCCCUGUUCUCCCAAGAAGUGAGGAACUGCGCUGGUAGUACCGUCACUCUGGGUCUAUGGAACGCAAAGGGUCAAAGAACUAGGGAAAUGCAUGUCCCCGUCCCCGUCGACACAGCGUCUCUCGGUCUCUCCCUUCAGUACUCCCCGCUCUCCCUCGCUGCCAACAUCUGGCACGUGCUCGAUGUUCCCGCCAAUUCCCCCGCCGAUGUUGCUGGCCUCCUUCCCUACAGCGACUACAUUUUGGGUAGCCCGGAGGGCCCUCUCUACGGCGAGGGCGGCCUCGGCGAGCUGGUGGAGGACUUCAUCGGCCGGCCGAUGCGAUUGUACGUUUACAACAACGAGUACAAUGUCACCAGAGAAGUCACGAUUCAGCCGAGCCGGGAUUGGGGUGGUCAGGGAGCCCUGGGGUGUGUCCUCGGGUAUGGUGCACUCCAUCGGUUACCAGCUCCUUUGAGCGAGCCCGUAGAUGCUCCUGGCGAGACAAUGUUUGACGGGGGCCUUAACGAGAAGAGUGACGGAGUCUUCGUACCCGCCGCAGCCGCCGACGUACCACCACCUCCUCCAGCGGGAGACUACCUAGUACCGGCGCAGAUGAUCGGGACAACUCCUGUGAGCGCGCCCCCGAGGAGUGGAAAGAAGAAGGAACGCCACGGUCACGGCCACAGCCCCAACAGGCUAAUGGAUGACUAUUUCAAGGAGGAGGAAGAGAAGAGCCGGAGCCUGGAUAAUGCUCCCUCAGGCAGGGCCUCGCCAAUGCCUCCACCUCCGAAGACCGGCGGUCCUCCCAGGGCCGGACCUAAGGUGGAGACGGAGAGUGGCGGAGGCGAAGAUGAAUGA